AUGCCCCGCAGACCAUCCUCGAUGGAAUCUGUGGGUUCUUUGGGCUCUCCCAUUGACCCCAAGUAUAGGAAGAAGGUCGCCGUCGUCGGUAGUGGUUCCGCAGGCAUCGCUGCUCUAUGGGCGCUGAAUCGAAGUUACCAUGACGUUUACAUGUACGAAGCCUCUUCGAGGCUCGGCGGACAUACCAACACCGUGACAUGGAAGAAUGGGAAGUACGAGACCAGUGUAGAUACUGGCUUCAUCGUGCUCAACACUGCGACAUACCCAAACUUCAUCAACUUUCUCAAGAGGGUCAAGGUAGACACGGUGCCAACUGAGAUGACGUUUGGUGUCACUCGAGAUCAUGGCCUGUUCGAGUGGGCCGGCACCAGCUUAGACGCCGUCUUUGCGCAAAGGAAAAACAUCUUCUCGCCACGAAUGUGGCGCAUGAUAUUUGACAUCAUCCGCUUCAACCAGUUCGCCUUGGAUCUGUUAAUGGCCGACGACGAGGACGAUGCCGCCGCGAUGAACGGCGACAGCAAAGGGACCAAGAAGGAGGAGACGAUCGGCGAGUACCUUGAACGGGAAGGCUAUUCGGAUGCCUUCAGGGACGACUACCUGAUUCCCAUGACCGCGGCCGUAUGGAGCACGAGCCCGGAUAAGUGCACACUAGACUUUCCGGCCGUCACUCUGGUUCGCUUCAUGUGGAAUCAUCAUCUUCUCUCGACCGUUUCCGCGAGGCCCCAGUGGCUCACCCUGAAGAAGUGCGCCAAGUCGUACAUCGACGCUGUCAUGAGUGGCUUCCCUUCUAAUCAUCUCUUUCUCAAAACGCAAGUCACGCAGGUCACGAGUGAGGAGGACGGUAGAGUACGAGUGCACACUCACAACGGCAAGUCCGAUGUCUACGACCAUGUCAUCCUGGCGACACACGGGGACCAAGCCCUCAAGAUCAUCGAAGGAUCGGCUACGCGUGAGGAGAAGGAAAUUCUCUCCGCGUUCAAGACCUCCGAGAACUCGGUCGUUCUUCACUCCGAUCUCUCACUGAUGCCGGCUUCCGAAAAGGCCUGGUCCAGCUGGAAUUAUCUUACCCUCUCCUCGCCCUCAACCGGUAAGCAGAACAUCGAUCAGGUUUCCCUGACCUACAACAUGAACAUCCUCCAACACAUCCCGCGCGGGACGUUUGGUGACGUCCUGGUCACGAUGAACCCUCUGCACCAGCCGAACCCAGACACGAUUCAGGGCUCCUUCACCUACCGCCAUCCCCUAUACACGCCCGCUGCCGUACGUGCCCAGAAGCUACUGCCUCGUAUUCAAAACAAGCGAGGCAUCAGCUACGCCGGUGCGUGGACGAAGUACGGCUUCCACGAGGACGGCUUCAGCAGUGGACUGCAUGCCGCCCAGGACCAUCUGUACGCCAAACUCCCCUUUCAGUUUGUCGACUCGACCUACAGCCGCGGAAGGAAACCCUCGCUUGGCCUUGCCGAUCUUUUGCUACGACUUGCUAUUCUCAUUUUUCAGGUGUUUGUUAUCAGAGUGCUCGAGAGGGUUGUCGGCAUUGCCAAGAGGGCGAUAUACCCCCAGGCUAGGAGGUUGAAGAAUGUCAAAGCUACACCGAGCUCCUCUACUAAUCCCUCCCUCCCUCCCUCCCUCCCUCACCAACUACCGCCGCCGCCGCCUACGAUCAUGAACGCUCUCCCACGCCUCCCCUGGCGUGCGUCGUCGCAGUCGACGCAGAAAUGGAGCUGCUUCUUCUGCCAGCACGCCGUCCGUCCCGCGCCGCGCAGCGGUUUGCGCUCGCCUCCCGCCGCCGCCGCUCGCCGAGCGGCCUCGACAACGCCGCCGAAGCAAACCGGCCCCAGCUUCGGCGGUGCGCCGUCCAUGGAGCAGGUGCACGCCCAUUAUAAGCGGAAGAAUGCGUCGACAGCAUGGUACGGUUUCCCUUUCGCUCCCCUCCCUCUCGGGCUUCGAGCAAGUUCCUGGGCUGACGAAACAAAUUUCAAGAUCUGCCAGACGACAGGCUGGGGCGGCCAGCCCAUCCGCGCUCACGGCCCGGACGUCGACUACAGCGAGGAUGGGCUGGCCUCUCGCCUGGUGCCCGUGACCUCGGCCAACCGCAUUCGCGUUACCUUCAGCUCGUCCGUCUCGGACGUGCUACCCUGGAAGUUCACACCGCAGCAGCGCGAGGUGCGCGUGCUCCCCGGCGAGACGGCGCUGGCUUUCUACACGGCCACCAACAACUCAGACUCGGACAUCAUUGGCGUCGCGACCUACAGCGUGACCCCCGGUCAGGUGGCGCCGUACUUUAGCAAGAUCCAGUGCUUCUGUUUCGAGGAGCAGCGGUUGAACGCCGGGGAGACGGUCGACAUGCCUGUGUUCUUCUAUUUGGAUCCAGAUAUCGUGAACGACGUCAACAUGCGCGGCAUCGAAACCGUGACCUUGAACUACACGUUCUUCAAGGCCAAGUACGACGACAACGGCAAAUUCAAGGCGCCUUCGCCCAUGGCUUGA